CUGCCGCUGCAGGCUGCCGGCGGCACCUGCCACGACUGCCAGAACAGAGGGACAUCAGGGACCCCAGGCCCACUCAGCUCUGUGUGAGGCGGAAACGUGGCCAGUCAGAUGGGCAGUACCAUGGAGCCCCCCGGGGGUGCAUACCUGAACCUGGAUGCCGUGAUGUCCCCUGUGGGCACAGCCCGCAUGCUGCAGCUGGCUUUUGGUUGCACCACCUUCAGCCUGGUGGCCCAUCGGGGUGGCUUCGUGGGCGUACAGGGCACCUUCUGCAUGGCCGCCUGGGGCUUCUGCUUCGCCCUCUCCGUUCUAGUGGUGGCCUGUGAGUUCACCCGGCUCCAUGGCUGCCUGCGGCUCUCCUGGGGCAACUUCACGGCGGCCUUCGCCAUGCUGGCCACCCUGCUGUGUGCCACAGCUGCAGUUGUGUACCCGCUGUACUUCACCCGGUGGGAGUGCCCGCCUGAGCCCGCCGGUUGUGCUGCCAGAGACUUCCGCCUGGCAGCCAGUGUCUUUGCCGGGUUCCUCUUCCUGGCUUAUGCCACAGAGGUGGCCCUGACACGGGCACGGCCUGGUCAGGUGGCCAGCUACAUGGCUACAGUGUCAGGGCUCCUCAAGAUUGUCCAGGCCUUCGUGGCCUGCAUCAUCUUUGGGGCGCUGGUCCAUGAUAGCCAUUACAGGCGCUACAUGGCCACCCAGUGGUGUGUAGCUGUCUAUAGUCUGUGCUUUCUGGUCACAGUAGCUGUGGUGAUCCUGAGUGUGAUGGGCCACACAGGGCGCCUGGGCUGCCCCUUUGACCGGUUGGUGGUUUUGUAUACCUUCUUGGCAGUGCUCCUGUACCUCAGCGCUGCCGUGAUCUGGCCAGUCUUCUGCUUCGACCCCAAGUACGGUGAGCCCAGACGGCCCCCCGGCUGCCCUCGGGGCAGCUGCCCCUGGGACAGCCAGCUGGUGGUGGCUAUCUUCACCUACGUCAACCUGCUUCUCUACGUGGUCGACCUUGCCUACUCCCAGAGGAUCCGCUUCGUGCCCACCCUGUAGCCUGACCAGCGGUAGCCCGCCAACCUCCUCUCCCUGGCUAGCAGCUCCAAGGUCCAUGAGGGAAACUCUGUCCCCUACAGGUGUCCUGGCCGCCCACAAGAUAAUGGCCAGCUCUCCAGACAUGGACUUGGCCACAGUUUCUGCCCUCAGGAAGAUGGGGGUGAACUUGACACCCCACAACAAGGAGACAGUACAGCACAGUGAUGUGCUCUUCCUGGCAGUAAAGCCACACAUCAUCCCCUUCAUCCUGGAUGAGAUUGGUGCCAACAUUGAGGACAGGCACAUCGUGGUGUCCUGUGCGGCUGGUGUCACCAUUAGCUCUAUCGAGAAGAAACUGUUGGCGUUUCAGCCAGCCCCCAAAGUCAUUCGCUGCAUGACCAACACCCCAGUUGUGGUGCGUGAGGGGGCUACCGUGUAUGCCACGGGCAC